CUCAAACCCGUAAGCAGACAGCAACAUGGAAGUCCUCUUUCUCGUCGAGGUCUACGCUUCAUUUUUCAAUUAGCUUCGUCCAACUCAAGUCACAAAUAACCAGCGAUGGCUCCGUCAGUCCCGUCAGGAUCCUACAAUUCUCUUCUGCGUGCAAUCGCCUCUAAACUCCUCACCGAGUCGGGUUACGGACUGCACCACCUGCACCACGCCUCCGGGUCCGACAUUCGAGAUAUCGUGCACCACCUUCUCGUCGUUCGUCCACCUCCGGAUGACAGCGGCUCCAAGCAGGAGGAGGAGCUCUACACCCAAGUGGACAGUCUACUAAACCUCGAGCUCACGCAACGCAAGACGGUCGUGGACGCUCAAAAACUACCAACUGUCAUGUCCGCAUCGUCUCCAGACGCGCACGGUUUCCAGCAGAUCGCACUGUGGAAAGGAGACAUCACUUCGCUCAAAGCCACAGCCAUUGUAAACGCUGCCAACUCAGCGCUGCUCGGUUGUUUCCAACCAUCCCACAAGUGUAUCGACAAUGUCAUCCACAGUAUGGCUGGCCCUCGUCUACGUGCUGCUUGUCACGAGAUCAUGUCUAGCCAGGCUCACGAGGAACCUGUAGGCAGCGCUCAGAUCACAAAGGGCUUUGCUCUGCCGGCUUCCUAUGUGAUCCACACUGUCGGUCCGCAACUGCGUCGUGGCUCACAGCCAACUACAGAGGAGUGCGAACAAUUGCAGUCGUGCUACACCAAGUCCCUGGACUUACUGCUAAAGAAAGUAGGCCACACGGAACAACACGUGUCUAUUGCGUUCCCGUGCAUUUCGACUGGAUUAUUCGCAUUUCCAAGUGAUGUAGCUGUCCCGCUUGCCGUCAACAGUGUGCUCGAGUGGCUGAAUCAGCAUCAAGAGGAUACCCGUGGUUGGAAGGUGAUCUUUAACACGUUCCUCAAACGUGACUACGAUCUGUACAAGGAUUACAUUGAGAGCAAGUGUCCGGAUAGCGUCACUCUACCUCCUGCACCAGUGUCCUCAGCUCUGCAGAGUUCCCUUCGAGCAGUUCAAGAUGCAGACUACCUUCUUGUAGCUGCCGGUGCUGGGCUCUCGGCUGCCGCUGGUCUAGACUACACCUCCGAAGCAGUCAUGAAGAAGUUCCACCCUGACGUUAGGAAGAUUAUCCCCAGCUUUCGUGUCAUGUACAGCUCCAUCGGAUACACGAAAUGGGACGACGCACUCAUGUGGGGAUACCUGUUCAAGCAGAUCAGCUUUGCCCGGUUCGACUGGGUACGUCACCGCACGGCACCCACUUACGACUAUGUGAAGAAGAUCUUCAACUUGUUUGAAAACCGAAAUCCCGGCUCUGCUUUCGUUGAGACCAGCAACGCUGACGGUAUGUUCGAACAAGAAGGCUUCGACACGAACUCCGUCUACAUCAUGCAAGGGGAUUACGGAAGGAUUCAGUGUUUGAAGCCCUGCGCACAAGACAGUGUCUGGAGUUCUCGUCCGUUCAUGGAGAAGGCACUCGAGAGCUUCAACCCGAAGACAUACAGAGUCGAAGACCCAGCUGGGAUCCCUAAAUGCCCCAGAUGUGGUGGUAAGAUGUUCCUGCUCUUGCGUGUGGAUGACACAUUCCUGCAGAGCGCAUUAGAGGAAGGUCGUGCCGUGUACAAUAAGUGGCUUGCUGGGGUGCUGAAUCGAGUGAAAAACGAUGGCAAGAAGCUCGCGAUCCUCGAAGUUGGCGCUGGUUUCAACACUCCUGGAGUCAUUCGCAUACCAAAUGAGCGCCUCGCGUACACUGACGGCGUGCAGCUCAUUCGUGUCAACCCGGAAUAUCCAGAGAUGCCCUUCCAAUCACACGGCGUAGGAGUCGCGGAGGACGCCAAUGCAGUGCUGGAGUACAUUUCAAAGCAUGUUGAAGCCAAGUAGAUACACAUACUGAAAAACUCUGAUCAUUCAUUGUUGUUUCCAGUCCUC